AUGGAAUAUAACCAGGACCUCCCCAAAGGCAAUCCCUUGAAACCAGUCUACUGCUGGGGCCACAAAGCUCUCCCUGUCCAACGAGGCGUGGUCACGUAUGCCGUCUCUCCGAACAGGCUAAACCCAUUGGCCAAUGGUGUGCACAACGCCGUGUUCAACACGUACCGCCGAGCAAAGAACCAGGUACUGUACUGGGUCCCGCCGCUGGUCGCAGCGUACCUGCUGAUGGACUGGGCGAAUCGACGGAACGAGUACCUCAAUUCCAAAGCUGGGCGGGCGGAGGCAGCCGGAGGCGACUGA